AUGUCAUGGAAGUCAGCGCGAGUGGCGGCGACCGUGUCGUCGGCAGCGUCCGACCUGUCGGCCGCCGCCGCCGCGUGCAGCGACUACCGAAUUGACGUGACCGCCGAGCGCUUCGGCGACUGCGUCUGCGGCUACCCAAAGCGGGCGCACGCGGUGCCGAGCGCCGGCGAGCCUCGCGCGGCGCCGACGAGGCGAUCUUUCGGCGGCGCUACGCUGGCCGCGACCGCUCCACGCGGCCCAAAGAAGAAGCCGGACGGCCCGCUUCUCCCUGGGUGGUCGGAGGCCAAGGCGCCCGACGGCUCCACCUACUACACGCACGCCGAAACCAAGGCGACGACGCUGAAGCGGCCCGACCUCGACCGCCUCCGGCUCGCCUUCCGCCACUACGACGCGGACAAGUCGGGCGCGCUCGGGCGCGGCGACGGGAUGCACCCGCACCCGUUCGAGUGCGACGCCCUCUUCACAGAGGCCGACCUCGACCCCUCCGAGACAAGACUCAUACGAGGUGUCUGCCAGAUCUAA